AUGUCACUAGAGUUUGAGGCUCUCCAUGCCAAUCACACUUGGGACUUAGUUCCCUUACCUACAGGGAAGAGACCAAUAGGUUGUCGAUGGGUGUAUAAGAUCAAACAUAAAGCUGAUGGUAGUGUUGAGAGAUUAAGGCCAGCCACUGCAGUAAAGAAGCAUUGGGGUGUCUUCCAACUUGAUGUCAACAAUGCCUUCCUCCAUGGGGAUUUACAUGAGGAAGUGUAUAUGGAUUUGCCUCCUAGACUGUUGGUUGAUACACCUGGGCUGGGAAAUAAUUCAGAGGAAAUCAAUUCUUUGAAGGCCUUUCUUAAUGCUCAAUUCAAAAUCAAGGACCUGGGCAGACUAUAUUAUUUUCUAGGCUUAGAAGUUCUCUACAGGGAAGAUGGUGUGAUAAUCUCUCAAAGAAAAUUUGCUCUUGACCUACUAAAGGAGUAUGAAUUCCUUCAUGUUAGUGCUUUCAGCUCACCACUGGAUCCUACGGUCAAACUUCAAGCCAAGGAAGGUGUACCCUUAGCAGACCCCUGUCUCUACAGAACUUUGAUAGGCAAAUUGAAUUUUCUUACGAAUACAAGGCUGGACAUUGCUUAUAAUGUCCAUCACCUCAGUCAAUUCAUGCAAGAUCCCAGGGAACCUCACCUCAAAGCUGCCUACCAUUUACUUAGAUACUUGAAAGUUGAUCCCACUCUUGGAAUUUUUAUGUCUGCUAGCCAAGAUUGCACAGUCAGAGGGUAUUGUGAUUCUGAUUGGGCUGCCUGCCCGGAUUCUAGGAAAUCUGUUAGUGGGUAUUUGGUAUUACUUGGUGACAGUUCCAUUAGCUGGAAGUCCAAGAAGCAAGCUACCAUAUCUCUUUCUUCUGUAGAUGUAGAGUACAGAGCCCUCAAAAAUGUAGUUGGAGAGCUUGUUUGA